AUGGCUUAUUUGAUGGCCAAGCAUGGAAUAAGGCAGCUAAGAAAUCCAUGGUCAGAUGGACCUGAGUAUAUCACACAGUGUCCUAUUCAACCUGGAACAAAUUUCACGUACGAAGUUAUAUUAUCAAAGGAAGAAGGAACUGUAUGGUGGCAUGCUCACAGUGAUUGGACGCGUGCCAGUGUUCAUGGUGCCAUCGUCAUCUUGCCUGCUGUUGGAACCACAUUUCCAUUUCCUAAACCUGAUGAAGAUGAGGUCAUAGUAAUCGCAUCCUGGUACAAGGGAGAUCUGCAAGCGCGGGUUGAUGAGGCUAUGGAAAAUGACGAGAACUUACCUCAUUCUGAUGCUUACACCAUAAAUGGGCAGCCUGGAGAUCUUUGUCCUUGCUCAAAUGAAGCAACUUACCGUCGCAAAGUGGACUACGGCAAGACCUAUCUUCUUCGUAUAGUCAAUGCAAACAUUGAUGCAGAUAUUUUCUUUGCAAUUGCACAACACAACUUUACUGUGGUUGGACUCGAUGGAGCCUAUAUUAAACCUAUUGACACAACCUACAUAUUGUUGACCCCUGGACAAACAAUGGAUGUUUUGCUUGAAGCAAAUCAGGUUCUCGGACACUAUUACAUGGCCGGGAGACAUUUCUCGAGUGAGAAUGUGGCUGUUGUCAAUUUUGACCAUGCGAAUGUUACUGCAAUUUUACAAUACAAUGGCAACUAUUCCCAUCUGACAUCUCCUGUCUUUCCCAGUAGUCUUCCGAUGUACUAUGACUUUGUAGCAUCACUGAAGUUCAUAAACCAAAUUCGAAGCUUAGCCAUCCCGGAUUAUGUUAUAAAUGUCCCACUAGACUAUGAAAUUACUACUAGGAUGUUUAUAACAACUUCCAUGAAUUCUCUCUAUUGUGAAGAUUCAAGCUCAGGUUGUGAAACGAAACAAAUCAGUGCAAGCGUAAAUAAUAUCAGUUGGGUUAACCCAAGUACUGAUAUCUUGGAAGCCUAUUACAGAAACAUAAGCGGAGUCUACUCAGCAGACUUCCCAGAUAAUCCACCUUCUUUCUAUAACUUCACUGAUGAAUCGUACUCGAUCGAUACGGUGUUAACAGUACAAGGGAGAAAGGUUAAGGUGUUAAAUUACAAUGAAUCAGUUGAGAUUGUAUUCCAGGGGACUAAUGUUUUAGGCGGCUCUGUGAAUCAUCCGAUGCAUUUGCAUGGAUAUAGCUUUUACGUGGUUGGGUAUGGCUUUGGAAUCUAUGACAAUGUUACUGACCCCAAAGGGUUUAAUUUAGUUGAUCCUCCUGAGGUAAAUACAUUUGCAGUUCCUAAGAAUGGAUGGUUAGCAAUCAGAUUCUCAGCAAACAACCCAGGGGUGUGGUUUUGGCAUUGUCAUAUGGAGAGACACAUGACUUGGGGUAUGGAAGCUGCGUUUAUAGUAAAGAAUGGGAACACUGUUGAGACUAGCAUUCGCCAACCUCCAGAUUACAUGCCUCCAUGUAACAUCCCAUUAUUAGAUUCUACUCUCAAAAACUUGCAGGAGAUUACUAAGAAGAAAGUUGACUAUAGAUAA